GACAUACUUUGUUUAUUGGCUUUUUCACAGCAGAGAUUUUGAUGUGGCUCAGUUCAAAAUGCACUGAAAGCUAGAAAAGGACUCCGUAGAGCACAUACCUCCGUCCCCUUAAAUCAAGCUGUAGCAAAUGUUACACAUAUCAGUUCCCUAAAUGUGUUGAUUUUUUUUCUUCCAUAUAAGUUAUUCCCUGGGAAAUUGUUAAAAGGUCUAAAAAACAGGACAAGAAAAUAACAUUUAUCAUCUGUGGUAGGUUAAGGAACAUUUGGGCUUUCAGUAGAGAGCAUAUCUCCACCAAGACCCAACAGUCCGCUCAUCAAAUCACUAGAUGCCCUAAUCUGUCCCCUAAACCAUGACAGAUUGUUUUCAUCCAAAACCAUGCCCUUUAGUUUGUCCAGUCUGGGCUACUGUAAAAAACAUGGCGGCCUCCGUAGAGAGGAUCCGCUCCCGAUGUAUUUAGAUGAUCACACACUAGUGAAAACAUCACUUAGAUUAUUUUAAAUUCAAUUUCUGCCAAUAGAUCUCUUUCACCUAAUCUUACACAUUGAACCUUUCAAGGAUUCUUCUCAGACCUAUAACGCAUCCUUGCAUUAAAGUUUUGCGGUAAUCUGUCCAGUGGGUUUUGCUUAAUCUUCUUUACUAACCUCCAAACUUCCAAACAAAGUGACAUGGGGAAAACAUAGCCUCCUUGGCAAUCAUGAAAUUGCUGAUACCAUCAUUUACACCACUGUAAUCGGAUCUACUACUAUUCAUCAUUAUGGACUGGGACAUGCAAGAGAACAAGAGCCAACACUUCUGAUUCUCUUCCUUCAGUUGUUUUGUAUGCAAAUCCAUCAGGUACCUGUGGCGGUCACCUGGGUGUUUCCUAACCCGGCCCCUCCUCUCAGAGGGCGAGUGCUGUAAGAUGAGACAUUGGAAACUCAGGUCGCUUUGUUAUUUACCUUGACAGCAGCCGGUGGUAAAAAUGAAAUAACCUCCACCGUGCUGGUUGUUUCUAGCCUCGGUGAACUUCUGUACCUGCAGCACGAUGGAGAGGGAAACUCAAGGAAACGCCGCUCAGCCUUUAACAUGCAGUACUGGCAGUGAGAGGAUUGACCCCUACGGCUUUGAGAUACAUCAUGAUUUUGAAUCCUACAAGGAAAUGAUGGAUGAGUACGUGGCUGUCCUCAACAGAAGAUCCAUGAGAUGGUCCAAGCUCCUUGAGGAGAAACCUCACGUGGAGAAGAACCUGACAGUGAAGAGGUACGUGCGUAAAGGAGUUCCCAAUGAGCACCGGGCCAGUAUCUGGAUGGCGGCAAGUGGUGCCCAGGAACGACUGGAGAGUAACCCGGGUCAUUACCAGUCCCUGCUGGCCGCGGAGCAUGACCCCAAGCUGAAGGAAACCAUUCAAACAGAUAUUAACAGGACCUUUCCGAACAACGUCCUCUUCCAGAGCAAAGCCGAGCCCGGCCUGCAGAGGGCGCUGUACAAUGUGCUGCUGGCGUAUGGACACCAUAAUAAAACAGUGGGGUACUGUCAGGGAAUGAACUUCAUUGUAGGCUACCUCAUCAUCAUCACCAAAGAUGAAGAGAAAUCCUUCUGGCUCAUGGAUGCACUUCUGGGCAGAAUACUUCCAGACUACUACAGCCCGGCCAUGUUGGGGCUGAAGACUGACCAGGAGGUUAUUGACGAGCUGGUGAAGUCUAAGGCCCCUGCAGUCGGACAGCUCAUGGCUCAGUAUCCUGGCAUAUGGACCCUGGUGGUGUCACGCUGGUUCAUCUGCCUCUACAUUGAUAUCCUCCCAAUAGAGACGGUUCUACGCAUCUGGGAUUGUCUUUUCUAUGAAGGCUCUAAGGUUCUUUUCCGUGUCGCUCUGACACUCAUCACUCACCACCAGCCGGAGAUCCUGAGAGCGCGCUCUUUGUGCGAUGUGUGCGAGUGCUUCAAACAGAUCACGUGUGGAGCUUUCACGCUGGACUGCCACACCUUCAUGCAGAAAAUAUUUACAGAACCCGGAAGUCUCUCAAUGGCAACUAUUGAGAAACUGAGAGAGAAAUGCAGACAACAAAUCCUGUCGGAGGAAUCGAGACAACCGUAAAAGUUUUGGAUCCACUGUUCGUCUGUCAGGAACUUUGUGCUUAUUGGACUCACAUACCAGUGGACGUAGUGUCGGCUUUAGAUAUCUUGAACGCUAAUCCAGCAGACUGGAUAUCUGCAGAAUGUGCUGAAGCAACGUUUUGAACCUUGAGUUUCACUGGCCAGUGCAGUCUUAUGAAUAUUUUUUGCAGGUUUAGAUACUACUACUAAUACACCUGAUGCUUUAUGGUAUUGCAAUAACUCACAGAAAUGCUAGUAUUUGUUUUUAUUAUUGUGGAGAAUAACAGUUGUUAAGAGAUGACCUUUAGUGCAAUGCCUCUUGAAUGGUAAAAAAAAAAAAUCAAAAGCCGUCUUCACCAAUAUUUUACCAUUUGAAGUCAAAUUAAAAGUUAAGAAUUUGGUGUGGUGAUGUCCACAUUUAUGGAACACAGUUUUACAUGUUUUAUUGUUAACAAGAACACGUUUCCUUAAUGCCUAAUUGACCUCAAAAAUUCCUCUGCCAAACAAAGGUUAGACAAAGUGGACAUUUAAGCGUAACUUGAUCAUCUUAAACAACAGGUUAUUGGGCUGUUCCACACCUGGGGUUGAAUAAUAAAAAGUAACAUUCCACUUUGAAACUACAGGUGAGAAUCCGACGCCAUUUCAAGAGGCAUGAACUUCCAUUCCUUCUCUCUCUACAACUUAGAUAAACUUUAAGCGGGAGCAGGUUUAAUAUAUUUUUAUCAGGGGGACAGACUGUGGUCCAAAAAAUGUAAGGACAGUUAAACAUUUGUAAAUUUAGUAAAAUCUCUUCAAAUUCAAAGCUCUGGCACUUGGCAACAAUAACCUGUACAUGAUCAAUUUGGUGAAAUAAAUCACUUUCAAAUAAACAAAUUAAAAUCUUC